GUUUUUGUGGCGGAACUCCCCACGCGGUCCCGACCGUCUCACGUGGACAUUGAUUUUCCCGACAUCUUUUCCCUCGUCCUUGCAACUGCAUCGUGUUGUGUGCCUUUUCCCGCGGAUUCCGAGCCUGCGGGAGCAAGGCUGCCAAACAUGCAUCUGCACUCGGUAACGCAACCUACGAGCAUACUGUCUCUGCCACCAGAGGUUCUCGACCAUGUCGUGCAGCUGCUCGCCCAGGACCCCGUGACACGAUCGUCCAUCUCGGCCGACGAUGAUGUCUUCACCAGAGACAAGGACCCGCACGGCAUCAACCGUGACAGGAGGAGGAGAGCCAUCUUGUCGAGUCUCUGUCGGUCAUGCAAGACCCUCGCGUCCAUCACAGCGCCGCAUCUGUACCGGUCCGUGACUCUUUCGCGCAGCCAGCACUUCUUCGCCUCGCCAACCAGCGAUGUCCCCCAACAACGUUUCGAGGCAGACUCUCUGGUGCUCUUCCUGCGCACUCUCAUUGAAGGCGACGACAUGCUGCGAGGGUCAGUCGGCAACAUCAACAGUUACUUCAUCCUCAGGCAAGCGCACGCGUACCGGCAGAGCUUCUGGCCGGUGCAUGACCCGAGCAUUAUAGCCAAGAGCUGGGAGCGUCUGGCCCCCGGUAUUCGGAUACCAAACAACGAUGCCAUCGCAGUCCAAAUCCUUCGAUACUGCGGGUUGGUGCAGCAUGACCAGGUCAACACCAGCGAGGAGCAAACGCAGCACGACGCCUCGACGCCCAGACUGUCCGGCUCGCCAGACUCGGUGCGAUGCCUGCCCGAGCGCCUCCUCGCGGCAGUGCUGCUGCUGUGCCACUCGGUGCGGUCCAUCACGCUGGCCUGCCCACCGUGGGACACGCAGAUCCCCAGCAUCCACGCGCGGUACAGGGUGCUCGACCAGCUCAUCAUCGACGCCGUGGCGAUGAAGAGGCACGAGUCCAGCAUUAUCUCGUCAUUAUCACCACUUACAUCAUCGCUACUGCGACCGCCGCUAUCUCGCCUGCAGGCAGUCACAUUUACAAGUAUGCACGGCCUGGACCGCAGCUCGCCGCACGAGCUGUACAAGCAUGACGGCUUCUGUCGGGGUUACCUGGCUCGCGGUGACGCCUGUCCCGCGCUGGCGCGCGUUCCCGGUGUGAGCCAGGUAAGCAGCGACGGGACGUUGGGCGGGUGGGAGCUCUGGCUUGGGCCGGAGUCGAGGAAGGCAUAUUCGCGAGGACCCUCUCCGCCGCGCGGCCACGGAGAAGAAGAAGGAGAAGAAGGAGACGAGCAGGGGUUUGUGGCGAUGCGCGAUACCACGGAGGACAAGACGGCAAAGUACACGAGGCUCUGCAUCGGCUCAGCGUCCCUGAACACGGCGCUUGAGGGGUUCCUCGGCCUGCCGGAAGACAAUAUGGGCGACCACCGGGGAUCGCGGGUCAAGCCAGACACGAUCCAGGAACUGGUGCUGUUUCAGUCGACCAUCCACGACGCACCGCUUUCACGGGCAGGCGACGGCGCCCCGCUAGACCUCGAUACUUGCGAUGCGGUGCUGUCACGCCACAGGCGCUCGCUGAAAGCUCUGGACAUGAUGACGUGCUGGGAUGUCGCAGCUUCUGAUGAAUCUCUGGAGAUGGACGCACCGCAGCACCAGCAGCAGCAUGAACAACCUCGGCUACCCAGGCCACUGCGCAACCUGGGUCUAUUUGACAACCUCGAGGUCCUGCGGAUAGCACUACCCCUGAUUGCGACGAACCGCGAUCUGUGGCGCUUCUACGGCAUGCUUCCGCGGGACAUCAUUGCCGCCUCCAGACGAUCAGACGAGAGCCACAACAGCAAGACCUCAACCUUGGAACCCUACGGCAUGCACGGCACCCUCCACCAACGAGGUGACCAUCGCCAACCUCAACAAAGUGACGCGACGGCACUAGCCCGCACUGAUAUACCGUUUCUCCGGUGUCUCCCGCGCUCUCUCCGAGCCUUGCGGAUAGCAGACUACUAUUGCAUUCCACACUCGCCCUACUGGCAGCGGCGCGGCGAAUACGGCUCUGGGGACGGAGUCCCGACCUUCGACAGCUACAAAGACGCAGAUGCUGCUGCCGCCGCCGCCGCUGCCGCUUCUGGUGGGGGAUACGGUGGUGGCAGUAGUGGUAGUCGGAGUAGUCGAGGCAGCAGCGCCAGGAGCAGUUUCAGCCUCCACGGCAAUGGCGAAAACCAGCAAAAUGAGACUAGACACGAACCAGAGGAGGAGGACAGCGACGACGGCGACGGCGACGACUACGGCGCCAACGGCACGGGCAGCGGCGACGGCUGGACUUAUGUCAACAUCACUGGGCCCCCGCCAGUACCACAGACGACGAGCACUACACCUGUAGGACCGGACACGUCGCUCCCGCCGUCCCCGCCGCUGUCGUUCUCGAGCAUCAUGUCCCACGGCGACGGGGUCGGGGCCAACGACCACAACUACGAGGAUCCCAUGCGCGAGUACACGCACAAAUACCUGCUCCCGCUAGCGCUGCGGCGGUUCGCGGGAGUGUGCAGCGAGACGCACCCGCGGUUGGCCAGCGUGGUUGUCGACACGAUGCCCAUGAUGAGGUAUCAAUGUCUCCCUGCGCCGCAGGGCGCCAGUCUGCCGCUGGACUGGCUCGUGCGAGGGGGCGAGGAGAUUCGGGAGUCGUUUGGCCGCGCUGGGGUGAGGUUUGACGCGGUUUUCGAGCCGGGCGAGGUGGGCAGGAUGGAGUUUGGUGCUGGGCAAUAGAGUCGGCGGCCGCGUCUUUGAGCCUGAUUCUGUAGAUCGAAUGCUCAUACGGUGGAUUUCGUGCCCCUGGAGGGGCUGGGCCCCGAGCACGAGUUUAUGGAGCAUUAACUGGGCAUGCAUGGCUGUGUUCACUACCAUUGUUAACACUUACUUGGAUUUGCAGAUUUGACAUAAAUCACCAUUCCGGGAGCCUGUGAAUGUGGGCAACUUGUCACUGGCUUUACGACAACCGUUUCAGAGUUCCUUGCUGCUGCCAACCUCCUGCUCCAACAUGCUUUAAUGAGGGGGCUUAUUACUGGCUCGCCGGUACGAGAUGAGCUGCACACACAAAUGCGGCUGUGUGUGGAUCAGGAAACUUAAUACUAGUAUGUACG